AUGCCCAAAAUUGCAGUGUUGGGUGCCGGAAUCAAUGGAAUCGCCACUGCGUUGGCCAUUCAACACAACAUUCCACAUGCGGAGGUGAGCUUUUAUUGAGAUUAUCGAUUUUUCGUGCGGCACGGCCGGCGGACUAGAAAACGCGUACUUCUCGUGCACUUUUCCGGAAAAUGCCGCAAAAUUGGGGUGACUUUGAGCGUUUUUUCAAAACUAUUAAUGAGAAUGACACGUACGCUUGCUGAAACUGUGAAUAUUGUUUAGGUGACAGUGAUUGCGGACAAGUUCUCACCGGAAACGACGAGUGACGUGGCGGCCGGAUUCAUCGAACCGUACCUUUCUGACGAUUCCGACGACAGAAUUAUGUUCGUUACUUUUGCAGUUUCAACUAAAAUGCUUAAAGUUUCAAACUAUAGCUAGCUACUUUAGCUAAGUUUAUAAACAAACGCCAGAAACUUUCAGAAAAUGGACGUCCGCCACAAUUUCGCGAAUCAAAGAGUACGUGGCCGCCGGAAAUUCGGGCGCAGAGGUACUGGGUAGUCUACAGUAAUGCGCCGCGCAAACAAACCACCACAUCCAGUUUAGGAAAUGUCCGGAUACUGGCUGCAAAGUGAGAAAAAAGUGCCAAAAUGGCUGGAGAUUAUGAAAAAUGUGCACGUUUUGAGCGAGUCGGAGAUGGAAAAAGUGCGAAAGAGACCCGAGCACAGGUGGGAACGUUCUGGAAAGAUUUUAUUGGCUCUUUUUGAAGAUUCGGGAUAUUCUUCACCACGUGGUACCUGGAACCGACCGGCUACAUCCGAUGGACGACCGAACAGUUCCUGAGCAGCGGCGGCACGAUUCGCAGGAGCCGAGUGGACAAUAUCGAUGACGUGGCGGCGGAGGGAUACGGUGUGAUUGUGAACUGCACCGGAUUGGGCUCGCGGCAACUGUUCGACGACGAGGAGAUCCAUCCGGUCCGCGGGCAGAUCAUGCGGGUCCAGUGCGGGGCCGUCAAGCAUUUCCUCUACGACGGACAAUAUUACGCACUGCUCAAGUUAGUUCUUUUUGGGGCUAUUCAGCUGUUUUCCGUUUCUUACAUCGCUGAAUUCGAUUUUUUGACGUAAAAAAACGGAAAAAAUCAUUUUUUCACAGUCUAAAUAACCCCAUUAUUGAAGUUUGGUCCGAAACCGUGAAACUAGACACUAGAUGUGUUGAAGUGACAAGUGCUCAAGUUGAAACUGUUAUCAAACUCUUUCAGCGACUCGUGCAUAAUCCUCGGCGGAACUGCGCAACCAAACGACUGGAACCUCUCGAUCGACGGGCCGACAGCGUCGAGAAUAUUCCGUGAGAACUGCGUGAACAUCCCCUCGCUCCGCACCGCCCGAAUUCUUUCCCAUCACGUGGGUCUCCGUCCGUUUCGGCGCGAAGUCAGGCUGGAAGUGGAGCGGAGGAACGGAGCUCCGAUUGUGCACAACUACGGUCACGGAGGAUCCGGAAUCACUUUCCACUGGGGCUGUGCUCUCGAGACGGUCCAGCUCGUCCGGACGGUUUUGGAGGAGGAUGAGAAGAAAGCAAAGUUGUAA